AAGUCGCCAAUGCUUGUUAUCUUCCUUCUACGCGACGUGGCGCAAUUGCCACAUGUCAUCCACUCUUAGCCUAUCACGAAAAGUCGAGCUGCGGGCGGCCCAUCUUCACCCUUCCUGACGAUAUUUUUCUCAUCAUUUUCGCAUUUGUUGUGGGCAACGAGGGUGCACAGAAUCAGCCUCUUUGUCUCAGUCACAUCUGUCGCCUCUGGAGGGCAUUGACACUCCGAACGCCAUCCCUGUGGAAGAACGUGGAUACCCCUCAUCUCGACUGCAUCUUGCACUACCUCCACUACGCUCAAGCCGCUCCGAUUUUCAUGACGCUGACCGAGUCCCAUGCCGCGCUUGGCUUCACCCCUCAUAUACUCGGCUUAUACGACCGAGGUUAUGCAAGACUAGAUGAUUUGUACAUUUCGCUCCCGUAUGAAGCCAUGCAGGAGCUCUUACAGUCCUUCCCGACCGACCUGCUGAGCCUCAGGAUACUCGAGUUGUCGGUCUCUGAUAGCAGUUUGGACGCCAUGGACGAACCUCUGCCACCGAUAGAGAUGGACAUUCGUAUCGGUCCUGCCCUGCGACGACUUUAUCUUUAUCACGUUUAUUUCCGUGCACUCGCUGGACCGACUAAUAUCCGCGUCUUGGAGAUGCAAAACUAUGGUGUCUGGGACGAAGAAGGCCCUACCUUGGACGAGUUCUUGGACAUUUUGAGGCGUUGUCCACUGCUUGAGAUCCUGAGAUUGAACGAUGCUGGCCCUCUCCUGGACUUUGAAACAACCCGUUAUCCCGAUCCUCUUCGAGAUCCAGUCCCUUUGUCACAUUUGGAAUGCGUCAUGUUGACACUUGACCCUCAAGAUGUCGCUCAAAUACUGGCCCACUUGGACAUCCCAGAGACAGCACAGAUUGGAUGCUAUAGCACUCUCCCAGAUCUAGAUGACGACUUCGUUUGCAUGCUACCUCGGCGAAGUCACAACCUCAGAAUGGUCCCAGAGCUUCAUUCUGCUGUCUUCACCCAUCGUCCUGAUCGUACCGAGUUCACUGUUCAAGGCUUUGGGCGACGUAAACCCUCUGCUCAAGUGAAACUGUAUCCUCCCAGGAUACAUCUUGAGUUCGAAUGGGUAGAGAUCGAUAAACCGGAUAAUGAAUUGCACCGCAAGGCAGUGGAUACGAUGGCUCUCUUAUCACUCGGCUUCAGAUCCGCCACAAUACGAGACAUCCACAUUCAAUGCGACUGGUCAAAAAUCAUGCUUGCCGAAUGGCGACGCAUCCUGACGAACUUCGUUGGUGUAACGCAUCUACACCUCGCGAGUCUCAGAGACCCUCGAGUGGAUCAGACUCCCCAUUCAUGCGCCUUCCUACGGGCUCUUCUUCCAUCCACCUCCGCGCAAGUCUGCCCAAAAUUGCAAGUCAUGCAUUUCACUGAUCUUGUGGCGGACGACGAUUUCGUGCGUGAAGCCUUGGAGGUAUUCACUCAGAGGGCUUCUACCGGCAUAACCUUGGAACGACUAGUGGUGAUCCAGAGGAUCGAGUCUGCGGUGGUGUGGCCUGCUUUUCCGCCUGAGACUAUUAGGCAGUUCUCUCGCCACGUCGUCACGAAUAUUUGUUGUGCAAUGGCAGCUUUCUAGGGCGUACUUAUCACUGUCGUAUUCGACGUUUUUUCCGCGUUCCGAGUGUAUUUGAGUACUUAUAAGACAAUUAGUGCAACGAACAAGCUUCCAUUCGAGCGAACGACUGUCUGGUACUGUGUGGGUGAAGUAAAUUUGAGAAGACAUU